AUGAGACAAAGAGGCAAGGGUGUAAACGAAUUACGUACAAAGGAGUCUAUGUUGAUCUCUAAGUGGGUCCCACUUUCCAAAACUAGAUAUUUCAAUGUUCAAUUCAAUCGACUGUAUUGUAAUAAAUACAGGAUAUUGUACACCUAA